AUGCCCGCCACGGAUCCGAAGCCAUCCUUUCUCGAAUCGAUUUCCCCGUGGUCAAUAACUCGAAGUUCGACGCCGCAGAAUGGGGCCGGUAACGCGUCGGAAACAGAUACUUUGAAACAAGGCGCUGGAGAAGAUCAUAUCACAUCCUACAAGAAACGGCUCAGUUCUCUGCGAUAUCCACCCGAUUGCCCACCCCUACAAACAAGAUGGUUCUACGCUGUAGAUACCCCGAAAUCGAAGCCGGCGUUCACGGGGUUGGAGAAGAAACCGCCGCCUAAGCCCUUUCCUCCAGCGAAAAAGUUCAUUCCCUUUUAUAUCAAAGACUCCCAGUCGAUCGAGAAGGUCUUUCAGCAACUCCUUCAGCAAGAAGCAGAAACGCCCUCACAGGAUGCGAGAGAGAACGAAACGACACAGAUUCCAACCAAAGUUCCCGUAAAUGAGGACUACCUGUAUGAUGUCGACGUGGAAAAGCGAGAACUUGGACCGGCCUACUGGUUGGGGCCUAUUUAUGAAGUUAGACGUGGAACGUGGUUCUUUCAGGAAGGCUCGAUCCUGAGGCCAUGCGAAGAAAAUCUCGCUACUCAACUCGAAGAGGGUUACCUGAAAAUGAGACCAUGGCAACUGCAGAAUACACAGAGCAAACUCGCAUCAGGAGCCACUGCCCUGCCAGACGCAAAAUCUCCAGCAGAUCUGCCUCUUAAAGAGCCAAAAUCGGUACAUGGCACGCCAGUCAAGAAAAUUAGCGAUGAGCCACCAAGGGAGCGCUCGGAUAGUCAGGGACGGUCUGGCAGUCAGGCGCUACUUGUUUAUCGUCUGUUUGGCUCGUACAUGAAUAGCACCGUCACUUACCAGGAUUCAACUGUGGCCUGGCUGAAUUAUGAUGACUUCAUGUCUCGCGUUAGUAGUACUGUCUACCAGAGAUUUGGUGCUGUGGGAGGUACAAAGGUAGUGAGAGGAUACGUUGAGCAAGGGGCUCAAAAGGAUGUAGCAGAUACUAAAAGCGCGCUACCCAAGAACUCAGCCGCAGUGACUCCAGCUACGGUUGCGGAUGCUAAAGGAAAAGAGAUUUCCCAGUCAGACCAGGAAAAAUCUAUCACAUCAACCGACUCUCACGGCACUGAGUCGGUGGGACUGAAGUCCAAAAUGUCAACCGGCGUCCGGGCAACGCUACAACGUCAGAUGUCUUCUUUAAAUGGAGAAACUGGAGACACUGCCGAGCUCGAAGAAGAGGCGAGAAAACAAGAGGAACAGGAAAUGGAAGAAGCCAGAGAGACAGAGGGCGAAGAGAGGGACAGAGAGAUCGAUCACCUCAUUCUAGUUACGCAUGGAAUAGGUCAGCGCCUGGGACUUAGACUGGAUAGUAUCAAUUUCAUUUCCGACGUCACCACUUUAAGAAAGACUAUGAAAUCUGUUUAUGGCGCAUCACCUGACUUACAGGCGCUCAAUUCGCAAUUUCCGGACGCAAAGAACAACUGUCGCGUACAAGUUCUCCCUGUGUGCUGGAGAUAUCUCCUAGACUUUCCUCGUCAGGGUUUGCGCCAGAAUCGCAAAGAGUUCGACCUUGCUGACCCCGACAGCUUGUCUUCUGAAGAAGAACAGUAUCCUAGCUUGGCCGAUAUCACUUUAGAAGGCGUACCCGCUGUCCGCAAUUUGAUUUCAGAUCUGGCUAUGGAUGUCCUCUUGUAUCAAAGUGGUUACCGGGAGCAUAUUAUGGGCAUUGUACAGCGGGAAUGUAAUAGGAUAUUCCAGUUAUUCAAGUCCCGUAAUCCAUCCUUCAAAGGCUCGGUCAGUCUAUGUGGGCAUUCCUUAGGAAGUGCUAUCAUGUUUGAUAUCCUCUGUCGCCAAAAAGAAGGCUAUCAGACAGGUUUCGAAGAAAAUUGGAACAGACAGAUUUCGAAGAGCAGUACACGCGACGCAACGACUGACUACCCUCUGGACUUUGACUGCAAGGAAUUCUUCUGCCUUGGCUCUCCGCUUGCACUCUUCCAGAUGUUGCAGGCGAAAACGAUUGCGGGGAGGUCGCUCGCAAAGGGCUCAACUGAGAGGAAAUCGACCUUGUCUCACAGCCCUGGUGCAGCAGCUCCACCUAUAGGUAACCCAAUGGAACAGGCGGUCUUCGAAUUGAAUCCAAGUGUCUCCUCUCCUCGAUGCGAUGAAUUAUAUAACAUUUUCCACCCUUCCGACCCAGUCAGCUACCGCCUUGAACCACUGAUUACUCCGGCGAUGUCAGCGCUGAAGCCUCAGCCCUUGCCGUUUGUGAAGAAGAGUAUUUGGACAGCAUCUGGCCAGAGCCUGUCAAAUAUUAGUUCUCGCGUGGGGUCACUCUGGACGAAUUUCACAACCGGUGUCGCGAGCAGCUUGCUGAAUCGAAGCUUAGGUAUCCAGUCCGAUGGAACAUCCGGCUCGACGCAUUCGCGCAGUGCUUCCCAACAGUCGACGACGUCGGACAUAAAUGCGUCUGGCUUGAAGGUACACGACCAUGAAUUAGAAUUUCCAACCCUUAUAGAUUCAGGAUUGGAAACACUCUAUGAAGGGUUUCAGAAAGCAAGGCGGAGUGAAAAUACGGCUACCUCCGGGGGCAGUAAUAACGACGACGUAGAAGAUCGCUCUCGAAAACUUAGAACUGAGGAGGCCAAAGUGCGCGCUCUGAAUUCUAAUGGCAGGGUAGACUACAGCAUUCAAGAGUGA